AGCGCCGCCUGCCGGGUUAGGCGCGAGCGAGCGGGCGGAGCCUGCGGGGGUCUUCGGGCGCGGCUCCCCGGCCUUCAGGGCCCGCCCCGGCCCGGGAGCGGCUCCCACGCAUUCGGCUUUCCCCUCCUCGCGCGCCGGGCCGCUCUUCUUGGGCCCGAGCGGGGGCGUCGCCGCAGGCGGCGGGCGGGAGGCGGGGAUGCCGCUGGCGCCGUCGCCCUUGCGGCCGGGCGGUCAGCAGGCGGCGGCAGAAGCCGGAGCGUGCUUGCCGCUGGCCGGGACGCCGCCCUGGCCAGCGCUGGGCGCCCGCGGCGGCCUCAGGGCCCCGGGGCCCUGCGCGGCAUGAGGUGGAGGCCGCGCGCCGCCGAGCGCCCAGCCCCUCAGGUCCCCGCGCGUCGCGUGCGCCGGCUGCGGCCCGGGCACCCACGCUAGCCCCGCGCGGGCACGAGACGCGCGGCCCAGAGGGACGCCGAGGGCGGGCGGCGGCGCAGGCCCGACCCGAGCCCCGCCGGAGGCUCGGGCCCGGCCCCUCGGCACCUGCGGCCCCACCUUGGGCCGGGCGGGGCGCACGCGCGAGCUCGGCCUCCGCGGCCCCGCGCCCCCCGGCCCGCGCCCUUCGCGCCUCUCCUUACCCCGACUGCCCGGCCUUCCAUUCAUUCCGCCGCCCCUCCCCUCCUCUCCCGGUCCUCACUUCCCGGUCCCCUGCGCCUGCUUUGCGGACUCCACUGCGUCCUCGGGGCUCCUGGCACCUUCCUGCAAGUUUAGGGCCUGGAUAGUCGCCCCGGGUCCGGCCUGAGAGCGCAGCCCGAGCUGCUGGCCGGGGAGAGGACGAUGUCUGUGCUCCGGCGGAUGAUGCGGGUCUCCAAUCGCUCCCUCCUCGCCUUCAUCUUCUUCUUUUCCCUCUCCUCGUCUUGUCUGUACUUCAUCUAUGUGGCUCCAGGCAUCGGCAAACAAUAACAAAACCAACCUCUAGAAGCCUGAAACACUAAUGACAAUGCUUCAUAUAUUCACAUGAAUCACAUCUGAGACAAAAUUUUGUUAUGGCUGAAAUACGUGUUGUGUAAGAGUAGUUUUCAUUGGUCCUAAAUAUGUUUCAAGUAUCUUCUGCCAACACAUAUCUCUUUAUGGUACAAGCUCGAGGUAUAAUGCUGAGAGAAAAUGUGAAGACAAUAGGACAUAUGAUCAGACUGUACACAAACAAAAACACAACGUUCAAUGGCACAGAUUACCCUGAAGGUAAUAACUCAAGUGAUUAUCCUGUCCAAACAACAACAUAUCUUCCAGAAAACUUCACAUAUUCACCGUACCUCCCCUGCCCAGAAAAACUGCCUUACAUGCGGGGAUUCCUCAAUGUCAAUGUAAGUGAAGUCAGUUUUGAUGAAGUGCAUCAGCUCUUUUCUAAGGAUUUAGAUAUUGAGCCAGGAGGUCACUGGAGGCCUAAAGACUGUAAACCCAGAUGGAAGGUGGCAGUUCUCAUUCCUUUCCGUAAUCGCCAUGAACAUCUUCCAAUUUUUUUCUUGCACCUGAUUCCUAUGCUCCAGAAACAGCGGCUGGAAUUUGCCUUUUAUGUCAUUGAACAGACGGGCACACAGCCUUUUAAUCGUGCAAUGCUCUUCAAUGUGGGCUUCAAAGAAGCCAUGAAGGACAGUGCCUGGGACUGCGUGAUCUUCCACGAUGUGGAUCAUCUCCCUGAAAAUGACCGGAACUACUACGGCUGUGGAGAAAUGCCACGUCACUUUGCAGCAAAAUUGGAUAAAUACAUGUAUAUUCUUCCAUAUAAAGAGUUUUUUGGUGGUGUAAGUGGGCUGACGGUGGAGCAGUUUAAAAAGAUCAAUGGUUUCCCUAAUGCCUUCUGGGGAUGGGGAGGAGAAGACGAUGACCUGUGGAACAGAGUUCACUAUGCUGGAUAUAAUGUAACCAGACCAGAGGGAGAUGUAGGGAAAUACAAGUCUAUUCCUCAUCACCAUCGGGGGGAAGUCCAGUUUUUAGGACGGUAUAAAUUACUAAGGUAUUCUAAAGAACGCCAGUACAUCGAUGGGUUGAACAAUUUAUUAUACACUCCAAAAAUACUGGUUGACAGGUUGUAUACAAAUAUAUCUGUAAACCUCAUGCCAGAGUUAGCGCCAGUCGAAGACUAUUGACAGAAGUAGCCCUGUGGUGGGUGGGCCACAGUGCUGGACCAGAAACCUGGAGUGCGCUCGUGACGGAGGUCAGUGAUUGGAUGUGUCUCAGUGCCCUGACUGCAGAAAGAGCCAGCCAUUCUCUAUGUUUACAGCGUGGGAUUAAAUUCAGUACCGUUCUUCCCCUGCUCUCUACAUGUGACACGUCCCAUGAUGAGCACUGCAGAAGCGGACGCCAUCGCUUGAGAUUGGAUGUUAGGAGGGAGCCUACAAAGAGAAGAUUUUUUAUACUAAAAUCUAUAAUUUAAUUCAAGAGAAUGCUUUUAUUUCUGUUGAAACCUAUUUUGUACAUGUGAUGUAAAUUAAUGUGUUCAAAUUGUUUAAAAUUACGAUGUGUCACAGUUUUGCAUGUAAUCAAUUAUGCCUUUAUUGGACUUUUCUAGACAUUUUUUUAUUUGCAUGGGGAAAAAAACCUGUAAAUUUAUGUCAAUAAACAGAGGUUAACCCUUGUGUGAAAUGAAGGAACUGUCAGUAAUUGACAGCAAACUAACACAGUAAACCGUUACCCUAGAUUUCAGCUUUAGACCUUCAGCCUCUCAUGUGGAAGAAAUCACAGCCUUCUGAGGGCAUUAAAGGGAAAAAAGAAAGGACUUAAACGGCUUUUCUUCCUGCCAAUAUUAGCUUUUUUUCCUUGCUUGCAGUCUCAUCAGAUUUUGCUGAAUAACAACCAUAUUGUUUAUGCAUAUUGCAUGAGUAUUACCGAAAUCUUAAAAGUUGUGAUGUGACAUGAUAUUAAGGACCUCUUUAUGUUAAAUGUCUUUCAUGUAUUUCCGGUGUACGCGUCAGGGAUUUUGUGCCUCUAAACAUGUUCCCAAGGUUGUGUGUUUACACACUGUGUAUGUCCAUUUUUUUUUAAUUAUUGCACUUUUAUUAUUUCCAGUUCAGAAGAGCCAAAAACCCACCGUCUUUGUUAAAUAAUAAUUUUUUUCUUUUUUAAAGGAGUGAGCUAUGAAAACCCAGUAGAACUUAUACAAAUGAAUUAUACUAUUAGAUAAAAAUUAAAUAUUCUAUUUUUAUGAAUAUAAAUGCUUAAUAAAGACAAAUUUUAAGUUUAAUUCUCAGGCUUAUAGAAUUUCACUUUUGAAAGGAACCCUUUUAAUAUCAACAGUUAAAUUCAAAUUAUAUUUUUUCCACUUUUAAGAAAUCUUUGCUGUUAUUAAAAUUUCCUCACUAAAAGUGUAAUUUAAUAGACUAUCUUAAAAUGCUUUAUCAGUUACUUAAAUGCACUGUUAUAUAUUUCUGAAAACAGGUCUUAUUUCCUGAUAACAAAUAUUUUUAUCUUAAAAUUGGAUGAAAUUUUUGAGGCAAAAUCAAACAUUUUUAGUUUGAAAGAUAUUCGUUAGAAAGAUCCUUUAAAAUAUAUUACAAUAUUUUCACAAAUACAGAACCAAAAAAAGUGAAUCUUCAACAAUGAAGAGUGAUAGAAUUCUAUAUAUGAGGAGUCUUUGGGUAAAAUUUGUCUCUGAAUUAUUCACUUAAAACAGAAAUGUGGUUAUUUAUCUCAGGUUGUAAGUUUAAUUUUCAAGUAUCAUUUUCUAUGACAGUUUUAAUAACAGAAAUGACCAUAAACCAAAUUAUAAAGUAAUUGAAAUUCUUAUAGUUUGAAAAACCUUAUAGCCUCUCUUUAUGAUGCCAAACAGAACUUUUUUGUAUUUAUUUCUUAGAAAUAUUUUCAAAACAUAUCUCUCUCUCUCUCUCUCUCUCUCUCUCUCUCUCUCUCUCUCGGUGAUACUCAAAAUAGUAAAAAGAAAUCAAAACUUCUGAAAAUUAAGACCUUUGCAGUUAAUUUUUUUAUCUGUUCACUUUGUCUCUCACAGCCAACAUAGUUUAAUUUGAUGAAACAAAAGUAGAAUGAUAAAAAUUGGUUGACCGCUAGCAAGGUAUUAGGAUGGAUACACAACCCCAAAAUAUUUAAGUUAUGGGAAAAAAUUAAUGUUGUCUCUGAGUCUUAUUAGGGAAAUGCAUUUUUCAUUUUAAUGAAUUUUGUUCAUGUUUGGAAUCUUUAUUUUAGUAUACAUUGUACUGUUUCAAAAGAACUCAGUACUGCUAGUAUCUGCCUUAUUAUUUUAGGAGUGGAAUGUGAAUAUCUUGUUUUUUUGCAGUUUUGAACAUGGUAUGUCAUGCUGUGGAAACUACUACACCAGUUUGCUUUUUUUUCCCUAAAGUACAGACCUAAAAUUAUUUAGCUAUAAACAGUAACAUGUGUAUGUUUCUGUAAAUGACAGCAUUUUCCCCAGUUACCUUUAUUGUAUGACAAUAAAUCUGUUCCCUAAAGAUUAACAAAUAUACUGCAACUGCAAACAGUCUUCUGGAUUUAUUAAUGAACAUGUAUUGAUCACCUCCUCUAUCAGGUGCAGUGCUUGGCAUGUCUAUUUAAAAGUAUUAUUUCAUUUCUAAACAAAUCAAGUCCAGGAAGUUGAAAUCUUUGUAAAAUUAUGAAGUCAUCCUCUGAUAAUGUAUCUGUUGUACUUCUCAGUCUCAAAGCUGUCUGUAUGGACCCAAGUCGGAAAGUCCCUGCGGCAUCACUGGGAGCGUUGGUGUCUUUCAAUCUGAGGAAGAAGUAAUAAUUAAAGAGCCUGUUUGUAGAAAAGUAAAGAGCAAAUGUACACGCCUUUGUUUUAACAUUGUCUGAGUCACAAUGGAGGUGGUCCUUUAAUUCCUCACCAAAACUAGGGUUCAAGGAGGAUGUUUUUAAAAAUCUAAAUUUCUGUUUGUUUUUUGUGAAAAGGUGUUCUGGAAAACCUUAUUUGUAAUGUUAUAUAAACAUAAAAUUUUGUGUUAAAAACUUGUACCAUUUUAUCAGCCAAAAUACUGAUACCCAUUUUAAAGCAAAAUGGAAAAACAUCCAAUAUAGUCUCCUUCUGGCUGCUUCCUACAAGCGAAAGCAAACUUUAUGUCACUUUAUUUGGCCUUGCUUGUCUCUGUUAUGUUUCUUUGUGUGAUUUUCAAACUAAUAGACCUCUAGAUUUAUUGUCUUGGAUUUGCAAGUACGCUGGCUGAGAACUAAAAUGGUCAUAAGGUUUAUCAGAAAAAGGAAGUGUACUUAAGAUUAUUUUAUUAAGAAAGGCUUCUACAUAAAUGCACUGAAAUAAAUGCUAGUAAUUUCUUGUAUUCUCAUUUUUUUCUUUUGCUUCUCAUGGAAAUGUUUGUACUUUUUUAUCAUUGUCUUUUAUGAAAUAUAAUGUUCUAAAGA